UUUUGAAUCAUCUAUUAGUAAACCACAAGCAUUAGUAACAUGUCUACAAUUGUAUUUUGUGCUGAACCAUAUUAACCAUACCCUUUUACUGCAGUUUGCUAAAUCAGGGUUUUGGUAGUCUUAAACAAAUCUAAUUUGAAACCAAAGUAUACACUUCACACACAUGGUUAUGGGCUUAAGAAAAAUACACCUGUACCAUGUCAGAUAUAGAGUUGAAAUAUAUUCAAUUGUGAGUUUGCGUCCCAAUAUUACACUUUAUAUCACAAAAGACUGAAAUAUAACAAAACCAUUUGACAAAGAAACACAAGAAUUUAAGCUGUUUAAAAAUAUAUAUAAAAAUAUUAACAUUCCACCCAUGAGGCCGCUAGUACUGCAGGAAAGGGCUACCUAACUUUGUAUACUUCAAUAAAUGUAUAUAAAAUUCCAAAUUGAAGAAGAUGUCAUGCAUGACUGAUAAUGUUUUUCAGGUUAUAUUGAAGGAAAGGGAUUUUAACGCACAAUAAUGUGACAGUAUGUUGUUGAGGUGUGAUGAUUGUGAGACGCAGUUGUGUUUCUCCAUACAUACUGCCAUAACACCUGAACCUGUAGCUCAGAGCUGUGAACUGCUCUGAUACUAUAGCUAGGUGUGAUUAGAUUAAGCAGAGUCAAAUUAAAUCUCAGAUGUCACUUCCGUGUUUGCAUCCCAAAUUGCACCCUAUCCCCUACAGUAUAUAGUGCACUAAUUUUGACCAAGAGCCACAGGGAAUAGGGUAACAUUUGGGAUGCACACCAUUUGUCACUGCCAUCUCCAACACUACACUACACUACACUUGGCAGGUCAUAGGCAGUGUUAAGUCUAUUUCCUGUUACUCUGAUUAUACCUCCAGUCAUACACAUAGACCAAGAAGAGAUUGACGCAAAACAAUAUGAGUGUGAUUUUAAGUGUUGUUAUGUGAUCUAGUAAUAUUGUAAUAUUUAAAUUAAUAUUCUAUUUUCUUCAAUGACAUACUUUCAUGGUACGUUUGAUCUAUAUCCCAGGUAACAGGGGACGUCCUCAGGACAAUCACAACGUUCACAGUUGGUCCCUUACUGGGACUAUAUAGUGCAUCAUGUGUAGAGAGAGAGAGAGGUUUCUAGCCCCUUGCAGGUCUCCUGGGGUUUUGACUCCUAAACUCACUGGGAACUCCAGUAACACAGACUUGUUGAAGUGGCUCUACAGUGUCAGCCAAUCUGUCUGUUCUCCUCAAACAUGUCUGUCAGGUUACAGAGCGUUCCCACCACUAAGGGGCACAAUAUGAUCACUAAUGCCUUAACCCACCCAUUCAGAGGAGUUGAGUUACAGGUCUAGAUGAACAAUGGCACAUAACAAUAGGCAAGCAUUACAGUGAUUAAUUACUAUUUUUGAUUUGUCAUUGCAGUCUAUAAUUUUUAGAGAAGUAUUUGUAGAGUCGGCCAAAAGUGAAGGCAGUCGCUACAAGACAAUCACAAAAAAAUGCAAUAUUUCAGGAGAAAAAAGGAUUGAAACAUUUUCAUUGUGUUCCAUACUAAAUUAAACUACAUUUCUAAGAUGCUAACUGUAUACAAGAUUUACUUAUGACUGAAAUAGAUACGUCUACACCAAGUCUACAGUAUAUUGAAUGCACAUAUAAAUACAGGUAUGUUUAGUGAUAUUUAAAAGAAAUAGAAAGUAUUAGUAUUUCCAAUCUGUAGCUCUGUAGUAAUAAUAUAAUCCUCAUAAUGUGACCACAUAAUGUCAUCCAAAUUAACCACAGACAAGAAGGCCCAAUCGGAAAAGAUUUUUGUGCAGAUUCCAGGAUCAAUACAACCAAGGCCGGAAGAAUGUUCUAUUGAUGUGGAAGCUAUUCACUCAUUGAGCGCCAAUUAACCAAAAAUGUAAGCCCUGUGUUUGUAUUGAUUGAGAGGGUAACAGCAGAAGUUUGCCACUAAAUUAGUAACAAGGCAGCUGGACCUUUCUGUGAUAUCUAUCAAGGUUGUGGCCAUCCUAAUUAAAUUUCCCAUUUAUUCUCAGAGUUGGAUGUGACAUUUUUGAGAUUUGAGCGUAGGGCUACACAGGCUAGACUUGACGCUCCGGUACCGCUUGCCGUGUGGUAGCAGAGAGAACAGUCUAUGACUAGGGUGGUUGGAGUCUUUGACAAUUUUUAGGGCCUUCCUCUGACACCGCCUGGUAUAGAGGUCCUGAAUGGCAGGAAGCUUGGCCCCAGUGAUGUACUGGGCCAUUCACACUACCCUCUGUAGUGCCUUGCGGUCGGAAGCUGAGCAGUUGCCAUACCAGGCAGUGAUGCAACCAGUCAGGAUGCUCUCGAUGGUGCAGCUGUAGAACCUUUUGAGGAUCUGAGGACCCAUGCCAAAGCUUUUCAGUCUCCUGAGGGGGAAUAGGUUUUGUCGUGCCCUCUUCACGACUGUCUUGGUGUGCUUGGACAUGUUAGUUUGUUGGUGAUGUGGACACCAAGGAACUGGAAACUCUAUACCUGCUUCACUGCAGCCCCGUCGAUGAGAAUGGGGGCGUGCUCGGUCCUCUUUUUCCUGUUGUCCACAAUCAUCUCCUUUGUCUGGAUCACGUUGAGGGAGAGAUUGUUGUCCUGGCACCACAUGGCCAGGUCUCUACCCUCCUCCCUAAAGGCUGUCUCGUUGUUGUCGGUGAUCACUGUUGUAUCAUUGGCAAACUUAAUGAUGGUGUUGGAGUUGUGCCUGGCCGUGCAGUCAUGAGUGAACAGCGAGUACAUGAGGGGACUAUGCAUGCACCCCUGAGGGGCCCCUGUGUUGAGGAUAAGUGUGGCAGAUGUGUUGUUACCUACCCUUACCACCUGGGGGCGGCCCUUCCGGAAGUCCAGGAUCCAGUUGCAGAGGGAGGUGUUUAGUCCCAGGGUCCUUAGCUUAUUGAUGAGCUUUUCGGGCACUAUGGUGUUGAACGCUGAGCUGUAGUCAAUGAAUAGCAUUCUCACAUAGGUGUUCCUUUUGUCUAGGUGGGAAAGGGCAGUGUGGAGUGCAAUAGAGAUUGCACCAUCUGUGGAUCUGUUGGGGUGGUAUGCAAAUUGAAGUGGGUCUAGGGUUUCUGGGAUAAUGGUGUUGUUGUGAGCCAUGACCAGCCUUUCAAAGCACUUCAUGGCUACAGACGUGAGUGCUACGGUUGGGUAGUCAUUUAGGCAGGUUACCUUAGUGUUUUUGGGCACAGGCACUAUGGUGGCUCCUUGAAAACGGCAGCUCUAGCCUUUAGCUCAGUGUGCAUGUUGCCUGUAAUCCAUGGCUUCUGGUUGGGGUAUGUACAUACGGUCACUGUGGAGACGACGUCAUCGAUGCACUUAUUGAUGAAGCCAAUGACUGAUGUGGUGUACACCUCAAUGCCAUUGGAGGAAUCCCAGAACAUAUUCCAGUCUGUGCUAACAAAACAGUCCUGUAGCUUAGCAUCUGUUUCAUCUGACCACUUUUUAAUUGAUCUAGUCACUGGUGCUUCCUGCUUUUCUGAGCCUACCGUUAUACUUAUGGUUAGUUGUUACAUAGUGAUGAACCUUCCUUUCUCUCCUCUCAACCAUCUCAGGGAGACAAAUCCUCAUCUAAUCAGCUCCUUCUAGACACAUUCCUGCCAGCUUGAUUUAUAAAUGACCUUCAAAAGGAUAGAUCAGGGACAUUUUUUCAUAUUAUGUUUUUGAAGGACUUGUAUGCCAUUUUAUGGCAGUGCAAAUGCUCCCUUAAACUAAGUCCUGUUCUGAUUUGAGUAUUAUUCACUUCUUAAGAGGGGUAAGAUCGCUGCAUGGUCAGCUGUCCAUAGUAAUGCCGCUGGGAACCGCUGGGAAUCUCAUUAUUCUGACUGCAGAGGUUAUAUUACAAAUCUUUAAAAAAUUGCAUUGAAGGACUGUUACCUGGUAAAUUACAGUAUCCUACUCAGAUAUUUGGAAUACGUGUUUGAUAUUAUGAAGACAGGAGUAAAACAAUAUAUUUUUUAUCAUUGGUACAGUUAUUAUUCUAAUCAAAUCAAUGUUAAUUGUUCACGUACACAGAUUAGCAGAUGUUAUCUCUCACGCCCUGACCUUAGUUAUCUUAGUUUUAUUUAUUGUUUUGGUUAGGGUGUGACGAGGGUGGUAUGGGUGUUUUUCCCUUGUCUAGGUUUUUUUGUAUAUCUAUGGGGUUUUGGUAUUGUCUAGGUAAUGUAGGUCUAUGUGUAACAGUAUAACUUUAAACCGUCCCCUCGACCCGACACGGGCGCGAACCAGGGACCCUCUGCACACAUCGACAACAGUCACCCACGAAGCGUCGUUACCCAUCGCUCCACAAAAGCCGCGGCCCUUGCAGAGCAAGGGGCAACACUACUUGUAGGUUUCAGAGCAAGUGACGUAACUGAUUGAAACGCUAGUAGCGCGUACCCGCUAACUAGCUAGCCAUUUCACAUCCGUUACAUAUGGUGGCCUAAAUUGGUUCCCAAUCAGAGACAGCUGUUUAUCAUUGUCUCUGAUUGGGGAUCCUAUUUAGGUUGCCAUUUUUCCAUUUUGGUUUUGUGGGUUAUUGUCUAUGUGAUGUUGCAUGUCUGCACUCGUGUCAUUUAGCGUUCACGUUCGUUUUGUUAUUUUGUAUAGUUUGUUCAGUCUUCUUCGUUAUUAGAAAUAAGAUGUAUUAUCAUCCCGCUGCGCCUUGGUCUCCUCACUACGACGAUCGUGACAUUAUCGCAGAUGCAACGAAAUGCUUGUUUCUAGCUCCAACAGUGCAGUAAUAACUAGCAAAAAAAACAAUACUCACAUAAUCUAAAAAUAACGAAAUUGAGAAAUAUCAGAACGAGCAAUGUCAGAGUCCGGAAUAUAAAUAAAUAUAUAUAGUGGUGUGUGUAUAGACAGUAUGAACAGUAUAUGAAUAGAUAAGGUGUGUACAGCAGUAGUUAUAUAGGAUGAGCCAUGACUAGAAUACAGUAUAUCCAUAUAAAGUGGCUCAUGUAUAACAUCAUGAAGUACACAGUAUCUUGCCUUUCAUAGUUCAGUCUUCUAGUGUUGUGUUGAGUUUCUGCCGGUGAAGUGUUGUGUCCAGUCCACCUGUGUGUACAGGACAGGAAGGCUGCAGCAGGGCCAUCUGCUGGUCACUGUUGGUAUUGGAAGAGGUCCAGUUAUACACAUGAUCAGGUUACAGUAAUAUACCUCUCGUGAUACAAAUCUGACAAGUACUCCCAUGUGACUAUGACAAUCAUAGAUUAAUGUUAGCUCAAACCAGUACUCAGUUAUCUGAUAGAUAACUUGUUGGGGUAAUUGAGGAUUUGGUCAAUCUCUACUUUAUUACUCAUAUCUUGCUCUAUUGAUGUAAAGAUAUAAAAAAUACAUAUUUAAUCAGAAAGUGAUUAAGGGAGUGUGUCUUACAGAUACACAUGUUCAGCUGGUUGAGAGUAAUGAUUGAUAGUCAUAAACUGAAUCUUUAGAGAUUCAAAUAUUUUGAACGAGCUAUAAGUUAUAGUUUCAGACUCUCACUCUGCAUGUUUGACUGAUUGAUAGUGAUUAAUAGUAUUUAACUGUAAUAAACCGAAUCGUUAGAGAUUCAAAUAUUUUUAGGGCUUCCAAAUCAGGAUUUCAAUGUGAGUAAAUCUGAUGAAAGCACUGCCUGGCGAACAUUUGACUGAGUCUUUGAAGAGUCAACUUGAAAUGAAUCCCACAGCAUCGGUUAAUAAAACAGAAAGUUAGUGAGAAGAAAAGAACAAACUAACAAAUUAAAUAAAAGAAAUGAAAGAUUAAAUCAUCCUUCACGAAAACAGUAUUCAUUGGAUAUUUUUUCUGAGCGCUCACAAACUGAUGCAAUCACGCUUACAGCAGCAUAAUACAUGAAGUUAUAUCAUGUUAUAGUCAUAUCAUGCAUUAGCAAUAGACGCCAUAAGCUCUGUCUAUAAUUUAUGAAUCUAUAUUUAAAAUCACAGAUAGCAGGUGGAAGAAGAUGACUUACAAUGGUAUUUAGUACAGUUGUAAUGUUGCUACAUCCUUACAAUAAAAUAAAAGAUCUCAGAACAAUAGGGGGGGUCAGUCAGUCGUCAAAAAAGGGACAUUUGUGAACCUCUUUGAUUUGGUCUGAUUUCUUUUGAUCUGGAAAUGAGAGGGAGGGAGGUUUUUAAAAUCUCCUUAAACCCCCCAGGCCUGACCAGCCUCCCAUAGGGAGUCUGUGUUGAUUAAUACACAUACUCAGAGGAUGGACGUGGGAAGUGUGUGUGUGUGUAGAGAGUUUAUGUGUGUGUAUCUCAGUGUGUAUGUGUGUGUCAAACCCUCGCCUGUGAUCAGUGGCUAAGGGUUAGACGGUAGACGCCAGCCCACCCCACAUCUCCACGGUGUACCUCCAUUGAUAAGAUUAUAUUAAUUGGUAUGAAUAGAGAGGGCUUUCUCCUCCUACUCCACCUCUCCUUGUAUACGUUUACCAUUAUACUCAUUAGAUUCCCCAGUGCGGUGCCUCCUAGCCAGCUUCCCUUGUCCUCCACAUCCCCCUGGGGUCUCCUGGGAGGCAAUUUGCAUCUCUCCAUGGAGCCUCUCUGGGGUUAUUGAGGAAAUAUUAGCCUCUUUUCUUCCCCGGCCGACCCUUUGAUUUAUUUGGAGGCUGGGCUGGUAGAGUGGCAGGCCCAUGUUAAUGACUGGUCCUGGUGCAGGACCCCUGGUGCAAGCCACUCUUUGAUCCACGCUGGCAAGGUGCAAUUGACAAGCACCACUGAAUAAUCAUGUUGUGUGUGUGUGUGUGUGUGUGUGUGUGUGUGUGUGUGUGUGUGUGUGUGUGUGUGUGUGUGUGUGUGUGUGUGUGUGGGGAAGAGGUCUGUGUGUGAGUCUCGGUGUAUAUGUGUGUGUACUGUAUGCACAGCUUAGAUAGGUAGACCUUGAGAAAUGACAAGAGGGAAUCCCAUUGCUGUCAGGGUCAGUGCGUUCAAGUUGCUCAGUGUCUCUGAUCACCCAGAGUGCAUUGUGGGUUAGAUUAUAAAGGUUAAUAAAUAAAAUUAUGUUUGAUUGGAAAGGUUUGUGUUUGCUUACUUGUAUCCCUAGCUAUAUCUAUGUGUUUUUUAUUAUUUUAUUGUUUGCCUGGAAGGGGAAAGUUAUUUUCCUUCCUUCGAACAAGGAACAGUUCAUGGGCAGUUGUUAUUAUUAUUGUUAGACUUUGCAGAUAAUUUACUUCUUGUUUAUGGGCCUAGGACUAAGGACCACAUCCCCACUUCUGGCCAGCCAUAUAGUUUAGUUCAGCUGCCACACAGUAGGUGUAGCAAUCUAACAACACUCUAACGACCUGCUAGAUUACACGUUCUUUACCUGGAGAAUACACUAAUUGCCGAAAGUAUUUUAAAACGGAAUAAUAUUAUCGGAGAACACACAGAUUUAAAAGUAUAAAGUACUUUAAAUGAGGGACAAUGCUCUGUUCUACUGAUGAUGAAUAAUGCUGAAUCAAUUGAGUUUGGCUUGCUUUGUACUGUAGCUAGCUAGUGAGAGGUCCUUGUUAUAGCCCCUGCUGCCUGAUCCAUCCUUGCCACAUACUCUGUACGACUGACGGAGCCAGAUAUUCAUAUUAUGUUUUUAAAGAAAGGUAAUGAGAGGUUUUUCAUCCUGAUGUGUGCGAUGCUUGACAUUCCUCCAGAUGUAAGCGUGCUGAUGCCUGCUCACUCGGCAGAGAGAGGAGCCUGUCCUCCGUUUGGAGAGGAGUUUGACACUGACAUCUCUUUCAUGUGAUUGGUCACGUGUCUGACUACAGAAAAGUGGCAGUGACAAAGUUUUAUAGGCCUAUAUUUUAUAUAAUUCCAUCUCAACAAAAAGACAGGGUGCAAUCUGAGCAUGCCCGAUCAUGAUCAUAGCAAUUGCUUGUAUCAUGCAUAUAGCCCCGAAGUAUUUAUAUAUGGUGAGCUCUCACAUUUAUUAAAAGCCAAAACCCAUACAACUAAUAAAUAAAAUAAAUAAAUAAAUAAAAAUAGCAAAGCUACCAAUGCAUUCUAUAUCUAGGCCUACAUCACACAUUCAAAACAGAUGAGAAGAUAUGAAUCAACAGCUCAUGUCAUGAAGGAUGCAACAAACACAGUAGUACAUGGAAAUGUGCCAUUUUCAACAGGCAUGAACAGCACUGCACAGCUUGCCAGAACCAGCCGAGUAGAUGAGUGUGGCGGCGAUAUGCUUUAGUUAGGGUGUGUCCCAAAUGGCAACUUAUUCCCCAUUUAGAGCUAUAGGACUCUGGUCAAAAGUAGUGCACUACUGUAUAUAGGGAAUACAGUGCCAUUUGGGACUUAGCCAGUGAGUGUUUUCUUCUCAGUAUUUGUGUGUAUCUAAACAGAACAGAUAUGAUGUUCAUGAACCAUCUGUCUGCUGUAGUAUUCACAGUGACUGUGUCCCAAAUGGCACCCUACUCCCUGUAUAGAACACUGCCUUUGACCAGAGCCCAUAGGGAAAGUAGCUGUUCCUCUGUCGCCACUGGCCCUGGUCUCCUACUCAUUGUGAGAGAGAGAGAACUCACUAAAACGGUCACAUGAAUGCUUGAAAAAAACCUCAGACCUAAGAUUUUUUUUCUUCUUAAAAAGGAGAGAAGUUUAAAACUAACAAAGCCCAGGGAAAUCCCCAUCAGACAUCCCUCCCUUAAUCCAUUUAAUUUUGAAAGGUAUUGUUUAAAGCUUCAAAGUUGAUAUAGUUUAAUCCCCUCUCUAACACUACGGGCAGAAAAUGAGGCCAUGUCAGCAGUUUGAACAGAUAUAAUCUACUCCACACAACAGAAAAGCCUCGUGCUAGACAAGGUUGCAUAGGUUCCCUGUGAACUCAAGCGUUUGAUGUUGCUACCUGCUAUUGAACAUGACUUCUGUCUUAACCCAACUGUCACUCGCUCCCUCUCCUCUUUUAUCACUCCCAAUGUUCUCUCUACACCUUUUUUUCAUCAGUAAAUCUACCAUCACAGCCAUUUCAUUUAUUCUCUUUCUGUUUUUUAGAGAAAAGGGCAUGACAAGGUUUGAGGGUUUGGUGCAAGGUGUAUUUUUUUUUACAUGCUCUUUAGUCUUAACUCUGUGAAAUGAAACAAGCCCACUUGGUUUUUACUGGCAGGAUGUAUUAUUCUUUUGUUUAGUGAAAUUCGGGGCUUGCUUUCAGAGCGUUUCUGGCUAGUUGAAUUUGAGUCCACUCAACAUUGCCACAACUUUACAUCACUAUUGCCUUCAUGGUGUGUAAUCAGCGUUUUGUUCUCUGUUUUUGUUAUUGUUCCAUAGAAUAGAAAGAAAGCUCAAUGCAUGUUCUAUUAUUCUUACAUUCUUCUGAACCUUUGUUUACUGAGUCCAAAUAUGCACACCACAACCUAUUUUAGAACAUAGGCUAUUAAUAUAUCAUUAUAAUCUAUAACUGUGUCUGUGUCCCAAAUGGUUCCAUAUUGCCUAUAUAGUACACUACUUUUGACCAUAGCCCUGUCAGCCCUGGUCAAAAGUAGUACACUUGUGACUAAAGCAUUUCUUCUCAUUAGAACUGUUUGAGUCAAAUACAUGUAUUUUUACUCUAGCAGGGGAUGACAUUGUUUGGUUAUCAACGGCUUUGUGUAAUUACAUUACCAUGAUUCAGGCUGACAAGACUGAGUGCGUCUGCUCAGCAUACAGGCAUACAUAAUCACACCCCGAAUCAGGAUACAGGCAUACAUAAUCACACCCCAAAUCAGGAUACAUACAUACAUAAUCAUACCCCAAAAUCCCUCUAGAGACAGGGGAUGCUAUUAUGAUGUAGAUUACCUUUUGUUGACAAGCUGUCUGGAUGAUAAAAAUGAACUUAAUCAAGCCAAACGUCAUGUCAUGUACAAACGUCAUGCAUCAAGUCUGGAACCAACAGGACCCUGCACAGCUUCUACCCUCAAGCCAUAAGACUGCUAAAUAGCUAGUUAAAUAGUCCGGGUAGGUAUUUGGUUAACUAUCUGCAUUGACCCCCCUUUGCACUAACUCUUUUGACUCAUCACACUGCUGCUACUGCUUAUUAUCUAUCCUGUUGCUUAGUCACUUUACCCCUACCUACAGUAUAUGUACAGAUCUACCUCAAUUGCCUCGUUCAUGCCCCUGCACAUGGACUCAGUACUGGUACCCCGUGUAUACAGUAUAGUCAAGUUAGCGUUACUCAUUGUGUUUUUAUUCCUUGUGUUAUUAUCUUUCUAUUAUUUUCUAUUUUUCUCUCUGCAUUGUUGGGAAGGGCCCUUAAGCAAGCAUGUCACUGUUUGUCUACACCUGUUGUUUGUCAAGCAUGUGACACAUAACAUUUGAUUUGACGUAUGAAACUGCCCACUUUAUUCUCUUUAUGAAUACAAGCACCAUUGAAUUUAUUGUAAAUUCAUAAUUGUGAGCUCUACAUUUACAGUAGUUGCUGAAUAGCUGUGUUAUUAUUACUGUGUUAUUAUGAGGGUUGUAGGCUACACUAAUCUUUUUGGGCCUGUUUCUCUUGUGUCUCUGCAUGGGUCUGUCUGGGUAAAGGAGCAGUCUGUGAUAUUAACUAUCAUUUUUUAAAGUAUAUAACUUCUAAAUGCCUCAAAAGCUUACCCCAUCCUAAGCAAAAAUAUCUGGUGUCGCUGGGUCUAUGUGGUUAUUGGUUAACUGUAGGCUUUAGACCACACUGCAGAAUAUGAACUGAACCAAGCCUUUCCUAUUCACUGUGGCAUUGAGGAGAACAGUGCUGUGCUCUCCUCUCAUUGGGACUGCUGAAUCUCUGCCUGUUUAUUUUGAUCCGUGGGUUUUGAUACUCACACUUGAGAGGCAGCUUCAUAAAUUCACUAUGUGUCAAAUAAAUCAAUAGUUCCCAUUAGCUGAGGAAGUUGUGGAGCUGCUGCAGUACUUGAAGGGCAGCGCCGGCCCCCCUCGUUGUUUAGAUGUGUGUUUUCUCUCCCAGUGAAGGCAGAGGCAGAGACAUACUACACGGGGAUGCGUGGCUGUCUGUUGAUCUAUCCAUACAGCUCCAGCGGUUGAACUGGUCUGGUUGACUGGUCCUGGUUGGGAAGAGGGAAUUCCUUUGGACACUAGUCCCAAACUCAAAAGCCUUUAGCACUGAUUCUCUACUGAUGUUAAGACUGGCUAGCCUGGCACUCUUUGUUUUGUGAUGUUUUCAGGCUGUUCACAUGAUAUUUUAGCCAUUUCCUGGACAUUAUGAUAAAUAUGGUGAUGAAUGGAGCAACAAAGAUCUUUUCGUUAUUUUUCUAUUUGUAACAAAAAAUUGCAAUAAAAAUGUAAUAAAUGUAAUAUUUCUUUUGCAGGUUUUGCUGAGGAUCAAGAGUAAGACGUUUAAAGUUUUAAAUGCUUUUCUACAAUGCUUUUAAAGAUAAUGGGUCGCUGAGACAAGCUGGUUAUUAAAUAUCUCAGAAAGUUUUAUGUAUCUUGGGAAUCCAGAAUAAUAAUGAUAAUAUGCAAUUAUCGCCUAGCCUUUUUCUUCUGUACAAACCUCAAGAUAAGGUGCUAUACGAGUGUUCCUGAAAGUGCUGAUAGACCCGUAAAAAAAAUAGUCAAAGAAAGAAAGAAAAAGCCAAGUAACAUAUUAUACAUAUCUGGGAGGUGUUUCAGUAAGAGCUCUAGUUAUUCCUUCAGUAGAAUUUGGCUGAACAUAAACGUUCCAUUUCAGAGAAUUCUAGAACAUAAUGAUUACUGAACAUUCUCUCAUAUAAGAUGUCCUGGGGAAUGAUGCAGAGCUGGAUUAAUGGUAAUACAUCUCAUUGAUAAGAUACAGAUCGAUCUAUGCAUACGGCUUAAAUGUAUUUAAGCUUAUAAUCCUUGCAAAUAGCUUCCAGAAAGGCAAAGUCAGCCUUUUAACAUUGACAAAGUGAAGUAAAUAGAAGCAAAACAUUUUUUUUCAAUCGCAUCCCUGUUGAACCCUGAAUGUUUGCUUGUGGUUGUUAUAUAUGGAGCAGAAAGAGAGAGAGAGAGAGUCAUAUCGCAUGCUAGUAGCCCCACUAAUGAGCCUUUAAAGCUGAAAUCAUAUUCUGAUGGCUUUGCCACCCUGCUGUUCGGGGGGUAGCAGUGACGUUAGCUUUAAAUGCAGAGCGUCUGUUCUGCCUCUCCCUCCCUGCUAACCCAAGCCCCUACAGUAACACCACAGCAGACGGAGGGAACAGGGAGCUCGGAAGGUUUUACCUCAGAGGUGGUAACAGUGAAGCCACUCAUUAACACUGAAUUUACCACUUUGUUAGCAACGUAGCUUCCUGCAGAGAGCAGCCAACACUGGAUCAUGUCAAAUCCACUGAGUAUACAUUGUAGACUACACAAUAGUUCCAUCUCAAAUGGCACCCUUUUCCCUAUAAAGUGCACUACUUUUGACCAGAGCCCUUAUCGGCCUUGGUCAAAAGUAGUGCAGUAAAUAGGGAAUAGGGUGCCAUUUGGGAUGCUGCCUAUGUCUAUCAGCUUGGGUUACAACAAGCCUGCCUGGACACUUCACAUUGUACCAAGCUGUAAAAUACAUCACCUCGCCUCAGUCUCACAGCUUGGCUAUUACAAGGCUGGGAAGAGUGUUAAAUAUUAGAAGAUUUUAUUCAUGUAUUGUCACUCUUUUAAGUGGCUUGUUUAACGAUUAACAUGUUCAACAGUUGAGUCUAUAUUACAUUUAGCAAUCUGUCAAAUGUUGAUUGCUGUUUAUAUGUUUGUUAGUGAUGGGGGGGAUCGAGACAUAUUGUGAUAUUAUUUUUUAUUAUAUCGGUAUUUGACUCAAAGUAUACAUUUGUUGGCUGCACCUGUGGCAAAACUCUUUCAUCCUAUAGCUUGGUGUCCAUCUUCUUAAAUAGUUUGCCAACAUGUUUUCAGCAUUUUAUUUUUCUGACUGAUCAAAACUUGUUUUCUCAUAAACCUACAGUGAGCAAUAUGUUUGGAGCAUCAAAUCACAUCAAAUACGUAUAGAAUCAUGAGAAUUGUGAGAAUAGCAAUACAUACCUUAUCAGCACCUAACUAUUGUGAUAAUAUCGUAUCGUGAGGUCCCUGGCAAUUCCCAACCCUAAUGUUUGUGUGUAUGUGUGUUUAUAUCUCUUUAUGUCUGUGUGUGUGUGUAUGUGUGAGUGAGUGUUUCCAUGCGUGUGUUUGUGUGAGUGUAUGUGAGACAGACAGAUUGUGUAGCCCGACGCAUGCCAAUUUGUCAGGAUUGGAGCAACAACAGUGUCGUGCUGGGACCCGUGUUAGCACCAUCACAGAGUGCUAAGACUGAAACAUACUGGGGAGAUGGCUGAUAUAAAGCCAAAUGCACAAGAGGACAAAGAAGGAGAUGUGGUGGAACCAGUGUGUAACAGCUCCGUUGCCACUCAGGAGCCAUUACAGCGUCACACAUCCUCCCUUAAGAACAAUGCUGCAAGGUUGUCAGAGCAGCUGUCCUCUGACAGACUCCCAAACCCUUUAAAUGGAGCACAGCCCAGUCCAUUUGUACCCAGCAGUGUCCCUGCUUUUCCCCACACAGCCCAAGCAGCCCAUUCACUACCUUUCGUAGCACUUGUUAAUGGACCUGCUUCACACCCUAACUCAGAGGAGAGCUGUGGCCGGAACAAAGACAGCACAACGCCCAACACUGUCCUGAUGGAGGCCCAGGACGCCCAACUAUGGCAAGCAGGGAGGGACACAAGCCCUCAGGUGUUACCGCCACCCAGUGAGCUUCAAUCAGAAGCCCUGAAGAACCUAGCAGGGCCAGGGCCUGUUCUGAAAACACUAGCCACCACGCAGCCAGAGGCCAACAACACGUCACCAUCUGACUCUGGGGAGAGUGAGGCUGAACUGCCCUACCAGGCCCAUGACGCCACCUUGUCAGACCACAGUCCACAGCCUCACCAAACGCCAAUUAACCAAAUAUGGACGGCUGAGGGAGUCAAGGCUAGCGCUAGAUCUAUAUGGGACUUAAACACCACAGAGUCCUCUGAGAGCUCGUCGGACGGUUCUGACGGGGCUGACUCACUACACUGGGAUUCUCAGAAAGAGCUCAUACGGGUGUUGUGGAACAAUCGUAACGUUGACAGCAGCUUACAGGAAAACGCAGUGGGAGUGAUGCCUCAGCUUACCAGCCAAAGACAGAGGAAGCGUAAAAUACACCUGGUGGGUACGUCAGGCUCUCCUGAAAAGGUUUACAACAGCAGCUCGAAUCACACCUACAAAAAGUGGCAUAUUGAAGAGGAGGAAGAUGAUGACGAGGAUUUUGACAUCACCAACAUAAAUGAUGAGGAUUUCCCUUGUAAAAAGGCUGAUGUACAAUCUUCUGUGAAUUCAUGUCAAGAGCAUCCCAGUGACAGUCCUGUAAUCAUCAAGAAACUGAUUAUAAGAGCAGAUUGCCACGAAGACAAUCACUCCGACUCCCUCUUUAGUAGAAAGCCCAAGCAGCUAAAGACAGAGCAAUCCGAACAAGAACCAUCGUUCUUCCCAUGCACAAAGUGCAAUGUUAAUUUCAAGGAGAAAAGGCAUUUGCAUAGACAUAUGAUGUAUCAUUUAGAUGGGCAUAAUCAUCAGAUACGCCACCACGAGAACGUUCCAAGGCCUUUUAUAUGCAGGGAGUGUGGGCGUUCGUUCCGCGAUCGCAGCUCCCUCCUCAAGCACAUGAUUAUCCACCAGGAGAGACGGGAGAAACUUAUGGAGGAGAUCCAGGGACUCAACAAACUCCGAGACGAAGGCAGGAACGCCAAGCUGCAGUGCCCGCAGUGUGUGUUCGGGACCAACUGCCCCAAGACGUUUGUCCAGCACGCCAAGACACAUGAGAAGGACAAACGUUAUUACUGUUGCGAGGAGUGCAACCACAUGGCCCUGACAGAACGGGAGCUUGAAGCACACCUGUACGCGGUGCACUGUGACACACUGCAGUACAAAUACAAGAACAUGAUCAAAGAUGAGGAGUCAGAGCUUCCUACAGAUAACAAUGAAGAUAAUGAAUCAAGAUCUGUUCUGUUUCACUGUAAAGUGUGCUCUUUCAGCACCCAAAGUCAAAAUGACCUGAAGAGCCAUUGUGACCUAAUACACCAGUUUUGUGAAGAUAAAUGUGAAAGUCCACUGUUUAACAAAGCAUCUGACCAUCAAGAUCAAUAUAGGCUAGCUGGCCCGUCCAAAAAAGCAAAUUUAAAACUCCUACAGCUGAAGCAAAAGUUCUGUAUUAAAAAGCCUGCUUUCUGGAAAAGAGCAGAUUUGCCCUUUUGGUCUGGUGCUGACUUUUACACGAGAAACAAAGCAGACGCACAGAAGUAUUACAAAGAUCUUACAGCCUCCCAGUUCAAAUACAGUCUUGGCAGCUCAACAAACAAGCUGUCACCAUCUAUGUGGAGGAGCGACAAGCCAAGCAAAUUAUCUCCCAAACCAACAGAAAAAAUAGACGUGACAACAGGUCUCCCUUAUGUUGAGGAAGACAAUCAGCAAUACAACCAUGUCAUUUCAGGAAUCUCAGAAAGAACAAAAUAUCCCUCAAAUGUAGAUGUGUUGGUUACAUCCAAGACGGCUAAAACAGGCCAGAUGCUAAAUCAUAGCUAUGACUCUGACAAGAGUCAGGGAGAUAGCAACGACUUGACCUGCAGGAAGUCAGAGACCCAAGCUGUUACCCGAAAGUCUCCAUCCAAACGAAAAAUGUCCACACCCUUCCGCAACACUGUGGAGAAGGUGGUUGAUAAUGAUUUUCCAAAACUGAACCCAAAGUUAAAAGAGACUACCACUCCUGAAGACACAGAAUAUGAUGAUUAUGAGGACACAUAUGACUUUAGUGCAUACACCAGCGAGGCUACAGCCAAUUUCCUGGAUAGUAGUGAGAAUGAGAGGAACCCCUAUGCCCGUAGCUACUUCAUACGCAGACAGAGGGGUUCUUUUGUUAAAGAAGAUCCUGCACCUGCUGCUGAUGUCGGCCAUUUUGAAAAGAACGCUACUCAGGCUGACCACCAUUUUGAAAAGACUAAAGUCAAGGAGGGGGAGUAUGACAGCGAUGACAUACAGAAGCUUAUCAUCAAAGAGGAGUGUAUAGAAAGCUCAGUGUGUGACGAUUCUCCGGAGUCACCCACCACCACCAAAACACACAACCAAAGUCUCUCCUAUGAGUAUGACGUCUCCCCUCCAUUUGGGUCAGAAAGAAAGUCCUGCCCCUAUUGUCCUGCUCUGUUUGAGUCUGGGGUGGGCUUGUCCAAUCACGUGCGAGGGCACCUGCACAGGGUGGGGCUGAGUUAUGAUGCUCGUCACGUGGUGUCACCUGAGCAGGUAGCUUCACAGGACCGACAGCCACGCAUACGCAGGAAGAUACCCUCUGUGGCACGGAGGAUCAAAAAAGCUGAGAAGCCGGAGUCUCAGGCGGAGCACACCUGUCCCUUGUGCAGUGGCUGGUUCGACACCAACACGGGCCUCUCCAAUCAUGUGAGGGGCCAUCUAAAGCGGAUAGGGAAGACCAGCACCAGCACCAGUAAGAGUCCAGUGUGUAUCCUUAACGAGCUGCUACAGGAUGAGCAGGAACACCAGAACAUCCUCCAGACCCUCAACAGGAAGCAGUUCCUCUCUCGACCAAUCAUCUCCCAGAAGUUCAUCGGGAGUGAUGGGCUCUUCCUGACACCCACAGGGUUCCCAGUGAAGAUCCAACAUGGCUGCCAGCCAGGCCAGGAUGGCAAUUCUACUUCAUGGGGGCCCAGUGCAACUACACCCAGGCAGGAGGAAUUUAAGAGAGAGGAGUUAUUUUCUGAAAGGAAGAGUAUAGAGAUACGAGGGGUCAGUGAACCUUCCCAGGGCACUUUAGUAGAGCUGCUAAGGAAGAGGAAGUUGGACAAGGAGCAGGAGCAGCUGAGGGAUAACAGCAGAUCGUAUGAUGCAGAUAGGAAUCACUUUACUGUGACCAAAGAGAGGUUUGAGGAGAGACAGAACCAACAGGCCAGCAAUCUGGAACCACACUGGGCCCAAGAGAGAAAUGAAUCUAAUAAGAAGAUGUGCAUUCACUGUAACACAACCUUCCCCAGUGCUGUUAGCCUGUCCAAUCAUCUUCGCGCUUACGCACGCAGGAAGAGGGUUGCCAUGUUGGAAGGAACAACCUAUUCCUGUAUACAGAAGAAGCCUAGGUUGAGGGCUGGACCAAAGAAGAAACUAUUCUCAGCUCUCCCACCUGCUGUUGAGGAGAUGUACAGACUCACCUGCAGAUUCUGUGACCUGGUCUUCCAGGGUCCUCUGUCUGUCCAGGAGGAUUGGAUCAAGCACUUACAAAGACACCUCAUGCACACCAGUGUCCCUCAUACAGGGGCUGGCAUGGUAGAGGUCCUGGGACUACACAAAGAGAUGUCCUCCUUUCCCCCCCAGCAGCACCCCUGUCUGGAGCACCCAAUGUCCAAAUUGCACCCCACAGCUCACAAGCCACUGGAGCACCAUGAGCACCUCUGCUUGGAACACCCCUCUCAUCAUGAUCACCCCUUUCCCCAGCAGGAGCCUCCCUUGCCCAAUGAGCACCCCGAAACCCACGAGCACCCUGAGCCACAUGAUGAGCACCCCUUGCAUUAUGCAUAUCCCUCAUCCAAUGAGCACCCCAGCCUGGAGCAGCACACGGCCACGCCCCCUCCGGAGCUUCUUCCAGUGGCUUCCUGAGCGAAAGGGUUGUUUACAACAUUUUCACUUUAGAUCUUUAUCCUGCACAUGUAAAUAUGGAUAGAUACAUAGAAAUAUAUAUAUAGAGAUAAAUACAAAUAUUCUAAAGCUAUAUAUAUGUUUUUCUUAAUAUGCACAUGGACCUACUAGCCCUUCUCUCUAUUUUAUAAGACCGGUAUCUAUACGAUACUGUAGAUGAUAGAUCUUGCUACUUAGACGUACAGAAUUUACAGUUACAGAGAAUUCUACUUGAGAUGCAAAAAGGCCAACAACAUUCGCUGAAGCUAGAACAGUUGUCAGUUCAGAACCUUGUAUCUCAACUUUUUUUACCUAAUGUAUGCAGUGCAGUGCUCUUCUACGUUUAAGUGAAGUUUUACUUACAGAUAAUCUUGCCAUAUUGCAACAUGGACGCAUGUUAAAUGUGUCUUCUUGUUUCCUUCUUUACACUGUUUAGCAGUCAGUCAGAACUUUGAACCCAAUACCAAUGGGGCGGCAGCUAGCCUAGUGGUUAGAGCGUUGGGCCAGUAACCGAAAGGUUGCUAGAUUGAAUCCCUGAGCUGACAAGGUAAAAAUCUGUCGUUCUGCCCCUGAACAAGGCAGUUAACCCAAUGUUCCUAGUCAGUCAUUGUAAAUAAGAAUUUGUUCUUAACUGACUUGCCUAGUUAAAUCAAAAUAAACCAAAAGAGACAACUCACACCUCA